AUGUCAUCGCCUAACCGUGCAAGCACGGUAGAGCUUCCUGGUGUCGCAGGCCUUGCCCGGCGCUUUCGUAUAAGCGACAACGUCAAACGCGAUGCCGAAGGUGCCAUGAAGACGGCCGUCGAACUUCUUGGGGUGGCGGCGGACAUGACGCAGAACGUACCUUACCUUGGCAUCGUGUCUGGAGUAUUAUCUGAGCUGCUUAAGAUCUUUGGGGAGAUCGAGUUGUUCAAGUCCGAUUGGGAAACAACGAUGCAUAUCACGAAGCAGAUCAAGGCGAUCAUCGACGUGGUUAGCGUGCAGUAUGGAAGCGAUAGUGAAGGCGAAAGUGGGCUGCCACCGGCCCUUGAGGAAGCUCUGAUUGAAUUGGAGAAGAGUGUCGUCGUGGCCCUCGAGAUCUUGACGAAGUGCAGGUCUCUCUCCAAGAGCAUUCGCGAUCGCGUCCGGACCGCACUGAAUCGCAAUGAUCUCAUGGACGAAGUCAAGCAAUGCCAAACUCGGAUGCAAGCCGCGUUGAGUCUUUUCAUUGCGAAGCUGCAAGUGGACCAGUCUAUCGCAGUUCAUGCCAUUCUGGAUCUCCUGCAGAACGGGCAAACGCCCUCACCCUCCCUGAGCAUCGCAGACAUAGUCAUCCCAACGAUUAUUUCUCUUCCUCCACCCCCGCCCAUCUUCCACGGUCGCGCUCAUGAAGUCGAUCACGUUGUGGACCUCGUCCUGCGACACGCUCCGGCACGCAUCGCGAUCCUUGGCCCCGGCGGCAUUGGCAAGACGUCCAUCGCUGUUGCUGUCCUCCACGACGCCCGAGUUGAGGAACGCUUCGCCGAGCAACGGUUCUUCGUGUCCUGUGAAGCCGUCCACACCGCUGAUGGUAUCAUCCAAGAACUCGCAAAGCUCUUCGACGUCGCUGUAGAUCCCACGGGGAAGAUAUCGCUUUCUGAUGCUCUGCUGUCCCACCUUCGUACUCGAGAGCCCGGUGUUCUGUGCUUGGACAAUAUGGAGACCCCCUGGGACGAGGAUGAUGAGGCCAUCGAGGCCUUCUUGGGCAAAUUGGCGCAUGUUACCCGGCUCUCGCUUGUCAUAACGAUGCGCAUCACGGACCUGCCUGGACAAGUUGCUUGGACGCAGCCGGCCUUGCCUCCUAUCAUGCCGUUGACAUUCGAAGCGUCCAUGCAGACUUGGGAUGCUUUCUGCCAAAGCCAUGACGAAUACGCCGAGAAGCUAGUGCGGGCUGUCGACUGCGUGCCUCUCGCAGUGACACUACUUGCCAAGAUCGCGAAAUCCGAAACCUCCAAAUUGCUCUGGACCCGUUGGGAGCGCGAGGAGACCAGACUGCUACGCCUGCGGCGAGGGCGUAAAUCGUCCGAUCAUCGUCUUCAGAGCGUCGAGACUUCCAUUCAGCUAUCCCUCGAUAGCCCGCGUCUACGCGACGAUAACGCGACUCAGCAGCUCCUCGGGACGCUAUGCCAUCUCCCGCAGGGUCUACGGGAAUCUCGAAUCUCGAUAUUCGCGGACGCUUUCGAGGGCACUCUACCGGAGUUCUACGAAUCCAUUACACUACUCAAGCAGUGUUCCCUCAUUUACUCGACCGACUCCAAAGAACCGUUCCUGCGCGUUCUUUCUCCCAUACGGCACUAUGUCCGCGCUCGAUAUCCAAUCCACGAUUCUCUAUUCGGGCAUCUGUCCGAUAUAUACUGCGCUCUGGUGGAUUUUCAGUCGGACGACUUCGGACCUCGAGUCAAGUAUCUGAAGAGCAACUUGGCCCCUGAGAUGGAGAACAUCUUAACCGUUCUAACCGGCUGCUUGACUCGCGACACGUCUCGCCUCGAACGCGCACUUCAGUCCAUUGUCAAGUUUGCCCGUCUAUCCCGAUCGCGAUAUGUGUUUCACGACUCAUUGCUUUGCGAUGCUAUCAUGUGCUCGGAUAACUAUCCGCUACUCGGUGCGCAGUUACGAGACGCGCAAGGGCACUACUUGCGUUUUCGCGGGCGUUACAACGAAGCUCUUGCGAUCUAUUCCAGCGCACUCGAUCAGUAUCGUUCUGCUCUGGAUCGACGAGGCGAGGGAGAGUGCUUGAAGUACAUCGGAGACACAUACAGACAUCUUGGCUGGCAUGCCGAAGCCGAGACGAAUCUACGCCUCGCCUGUGAUAUAAGUGCAGAAACGGGGCACUACUGGGCGCAAGCAGAAAGUCUGUCGUGUCUUGGCUCGAUCUAUAUCGACACGCCUCGCCGAUUCGACGAAGGGAAGCAGAUGUUAAAGGAUGCGCUAGUCAUAUUCGGCAAAGCGCACGACAACCGCGGAGUUGCUAGCUGUAUGCUCAACUUGGGCGUCAUAUACAGUGGACAGCGCCAGUUCCACAAGGCUGGAGAUCUGUUGACAGCUGCGCUUCGUCUGCACUCCUCAAAUCAUGACACCCAUGGCCAAGCCGAGUGCUUCUAUGCACUUGGCAGGUUCUAUGUCAGACUGAGAGAUACAAGGAUGGCAAAGCACGUCAUGCAUCUCGGCCAGAGGUUAUUCCACAAGGUCAACGACGAGUUGGGGGCAGCACGCUGCCAGAUCGGUCUGAGUUCGCUAUAUACUCAGACUGGGAAACCUGACAAAGCGGAGGCUUCGCUGCAGUCAGCUCUCCGCAUCUUCCGAGAUCGACAGGAUCGACACGGUCAAGUCGUCUGUCUACAGAAGCUGGGGGAACUCUGUAAAGAAGUCGGUCGUCUUGGGGAUGCUGAACGCGCAUUGAAGACUGCACUUGACCUGUGCUCUCUUGAUGACACGCGCCACCGCGGGGACAAAGCAGGGCUUUGGUUGGCCUUAGCAUCCUUACGCCGAAGCCAAAACCGUGCUGACGAGGCGAGAACCCUCCUCCGCUCAUCCUACGACAUCUUUCACGAGCUAUCGUAUACCGGAGGGCGGGCAACGGCACUUCACCUACUUUCGUCUGUAUACCGCGAUCUCGAUGAUUUUGACAAAGCGGAGUCGUGUCUGAUGGACGCUUGGCGAUUGUGCAUACAAACGCGCCCUCCGGAAAAGCCCGAGAAGGAGAUAGAGGACACGAUCAAGGUCAAGCUUCAGAUAUUGCGUGCAGUCCGACGAUCAAAGGUCUUGCCGCGACCUUCGAUCUCUCCCCUCACCGAAAGGGAUACCACGAUGUCUACUAUCAAGGCGGCGCCGUCACACCGGUCCAUCAUACGCGCUCGGCGUGCAGGAUCCGCGCGUAAAUCGGACCAUUCAAUCCGCCGUGUGUGCAGCUUUCCUUAG